AGCUGAAGGGACGGAGCGACAGAGAGAGAGAGAGAGAGAGAGAGAGGAGGAGACUGGGGAAGCGACAGAGAGAGGUAAUGAGCACUGAGCUGCAGGAGUAUUAUCCGUCAGCCUCCUGAGCGGCAGAUCUCAUUAAAGGAUGAAGCGACCAUUGAGGCACAGUGUGUGUGGAGCCUAAGGUUCCCUCCGAGGCAUUGUGUGUGUGUGUGUGUGUGUGUGUGUGUGUGUGUGUUAUUCACAGUCCUGUGUCGCUGCUCCUGCUGCAUAGGAUCCUUCACGUGUGUAGACGUCUCUGAUCCCCUGCCAUCCCCCACUUCACGUUGCUACGACAACCAUGGACUGCGGACUGCGUCUACCUCCUGUCAUCGAGGAGGUCAUGGACGUUGCAGAUGAUCUGUGCGAGCUGAAGGCUGACCUCCCGGGUUUGGGUGGUGGACUGACGGAUAAAGAGCGUGAAUCCCUGGACGACAAUGAAGAGAAGGAGGAGAAGGAGGUGGAAGUGGGGAACGGAGAGAAAGGCCUGGAGGAGGAGAAGGAGGUGAAGGAGGAGAAAGCUAGAGAUGGAGAAAGAGAGGAGAAGCGAGGAAUGGAGGAGGAGGAUGAGCUGGAGGAGCUGAGAGCGCAGGUGGUUCAGCUGCUGUUGGAGCUAGAAGAGGCCAGGGAGGUGUCCCAGAGGCAUGAGGAGAGCUACACUGAGCUGCAGGGCCUUUUGGAGGACGAGCGCUUAGCCAGUGCCAAUCAGGCCGAGAGCUUCACGAGACAGAUCCAAAGGCUUCAAGCCCAGCUGCGCUCUGUGCAGGAGGAGCUGGACAGCCUGGAGGAGGAAAAGGCCAGCGAGCUGUGGGAGGCCCAGGAGGAGCUGCGUGUGGCGCAGGAGGAGGUGCAGGAGCUGCAGCAGGCAGCUGAGGAGGCGGCAGCUGAGCGAGAGAAUGACAUCGCUCUCCUGCAGGAGGAGCUGUGCAGGCUGCGGGCAGAGCUGGAGAGACUUCACAACACUACGCAGGAGUAUGAGUUAGAGCUGACUACACUGCACGCUGAGAUCAGCAUGAAGAGACAACGCAGGGAGGAGCAGGAACAAACAGGCACAGAGGGAGAGGUUGGUCAGCUGAAGGAUAAAUGUCUCUCCUUGAUGGAUGAGUGUCAGACUUUGAGAAACGACAACCAGCACCUUGCUGAGAAACUGCAGCUGCUGGAACAGCAGAGAGCCAGAGAAGAGCAGGACGGUCAGAAAGUGGACGAGGAGCAGGCAGCGAAGGCCGAAGUCUACAUGAGCAUAUUACAGACGGAACAGAUGACUCAUCAGGUGAACUCGUGUCUCCAGAAGAACUCGAGCGAGAACAAAGCUGUGAAUCCUGAGAAGAGGAUUGAGGAGCUUUCUGAGGUGAUCACUCUACAAGACCAGCUAAAACAGGCUGAGGAGAGAGCAUGCAAGGUCCAGAGAGAGUGUGAGGGGUUAAAAGGAGAACUUCUCGAGCUGCAAGGACUUUACGAGAGCAGUCAGAAGGAAAGGGCUGAGCUGGAGUUGGAGCUACAGCGCUGUAGGGCGGAGCUUGAUAGGCUGGCAGGAAGGAAGGCCCAGAACUCCUGUCCUCCAUCUGAGUCCCCUGUUCUCUCCAUACCCUUCAUAGGAAUGGUUGUAAUAAUGGCGCUGAUAUGGUGCUGCUGGACGGAGCUCUUGUCCUAAAGAGGGAAAGGAGCGAGAGGGAGACUGGAACCUCGUUAUGCUGGUUGCCGUGGCAGCAGCAGCCAUUUUGCUCGUACCCAGUUUGACCCGAGCAUUUGCUUGAGUAUAAACAGGAAGUGACCUCGAUCAGGUCAAUGUCUCAUAUCCACUUACCUGCUUACCCUCUCUGUGUUACACAUUCAUGGAAGCACACACACACACACACACACACACACACCCGCACCACAAUCACACACACACACACACACACACACAAACUGCCAUAAUCAUGCUUCUGCUGAAACAGACUACAUCACAUUCACGUGUGCUGCUUUUGUUUCUUGCUUCCGGAUGUGUGAGCGUUCACCUUCAAACACACUCCUCUCGUCACUCUCAUUUCAGACACAGUCUCUGGCUUUAGACACCCUGCUUUUAAGAUGUGCUGUGACAGCAUGUGAUAUGUGAUACUCAAAUUCUUCCAGUCGUAUAUAUCACCUUUCAAAUAUUGCCUAGAUUUUUUUUCAGUGCUAUUUUGUGUUUAGUUAGUUAUAACACAGGAGCAAGUAUCUGUUCUAAAGCAUGCAUUAGACAAUUUAACCAGCACCAGUGUUAAAUGUAAAUGUUCUAUAACUGUCGGAUCACACAGUUUGUAAGUUUUGAAGUAUUUUUCAUUUCCGUAACAGCUCAAAAGGAUAUUCAUUACGGAGGCAAAAUAAUUAAAUAGCAAGACAUGAGACUGUGAUUAUGAUAAACUGAUAUUCAUAAUCUUAAAACACUAUACCAUUAUCACACUGACAGUAUAUGAUAGCUGCUGUAUAAAUUCUAACAAUGAUGGUCAUAACCAUUUGAAGUUGGAUAGAUAUUUUUGUGUGUAACAUAUAUAUAUAUAUAUAUAUAUAUAUAUAUAUAUAUAUAUAUAUAUAUAGAGAGAGAGAGAGAGAGAGAGAGAGAGAGUGUGUGUGUGUGUGUGUUGUCAAUGUGACUUGAUGUAAUGAGUUGAAACAAUACUAACUAAUAUAAAAGAGUUAUUUUUGUAAAAAUCUGAAAUGUAGUGAAUAUACAGUAAGAACAUUUAUUGAGUGAUAUUGUUGACCUUUCAGAGAAUCAUAUUUCAGAGCAAAUAUUCCUCUCAAGCAACUAAUACAGUGCGGCUCAAAAUUAGUUAGGCAUAAUUGUUUAGGCUCUGUAUGCCACUUAUGUGAAUUUAAAAAGAAAAACAAAAUAGUCCAGAUAUUUAAAUAUUUCAGGGGACCAUAAGUGUUUGCUCAAUUGGGUACUCAUGCCAUUGCAUCAUUCGUUCCUGCCCAAAGGAGCGAAUGAACGGUCUAGAAUUGGCUCUAGAGAUGAUAUUUUAUAUAUCUGGAGUCUGUCAUCUACCAACAUGAGAACCAAAGAAAUGUCAGUACUUGUAAGGUAAACCUGCAGAAUAAAUGAAUUAGAGACAUGAACACAAUAUUAGGUGUCUCGCAAUCAGCUACUUGGUAGCAGUAUUUCACAGAUGCAGUAAAGACCACCAUAAAGAGAUGUGUAGCACAAAUUCAGUAGCGUUUCCUCAAAUAUGCAGCCUCAAAAAGGUUCCUCAAGAGUUUGUUAGAUGGAACAUUUUUUUCUAAGGGGGAAGAUAAAUAAAUGAUGCAAUUUCUCUUCAGAAAUAUGUUAACCCCUACUGACUCUGCUCAGUGAAUUAUACUGUUAUAAUAAUAAUAAUUCAUUGAUUCAUUCGUCUUCUGUUGCUGCUUCAUCCUGGUCAAGGUCACAGUGGAUCUAGAGCCAACCUGGGAAUACUGGGCAUGAGGGGGGAAUACACCCUGAAUUCCCAUACACCAUACACACACUCAUUCAUACCUAGUAGGAACUUGGCAGCGCCAGUCUACCUACUGGCAUGUUUUUUGGAAGGUGGGACAAAACCAGCGAACCCGGAGGAAACCCAGACAGGCACAGGGAGAAAAUACAAAAUUCCAUACAGACAGCAACCUAUGGUAAAUUCUGUACUGAACAGAAUUUAGGGGACCCUGGAGCUGUUAGAGCAGCAAUGCUAUCCACUGUACCACCAUGCCUAUCUUAUAUACAAAGGUUAAAUCUAGAACCUUUAAAGAUUCUACGUAGACAUGGACACAAUUUGGGUGUCUCACAAUCAACUGUUUGGCAACAUUAUUUUGCCUGAUUAUUUGCACUUCUGGUUUGAUGCUAACUGGCUUUGUACUUCUGCUUAAUGAUGAUAAAGAUGAAUCUAAUCUAAUCUAAUCUUAUUAAAGAAAAAUUGCCAUUAAGUGAACUUUACUUGUUUGACCUUUUUCCAGGCCACAGAAUCGAAUGUUCUUGCUGACUCCAAUUUAUCACGCAUUUCAUAUAUUGGAGACUAGACAACGUAUCUUCAUUCUGCCUGUUCAUCUUGUUCAUAUGGUUUACCUGUGGACCUCCCAAAACAUGCCAACAGAUUGAAUGGCUACUCUAAAAUGCCCCUAGGUGUGAAUGAGUUGUGUGUGUGAUGUAAUGGUGUCCCAUUCAUGGUGUUUCCCAGUGUUCCUAGGAUAAUCCCCAGAUUUACUGCAACUCUAAUUUGUCCAUUACUUUUGUUCCUGUGAAAUGGGAGACAAUGUAUGAAAUCCAUAUAGACACCUUUACAAUUCACCCAUUCAGAGCCAAAGGUCAGAGCCAAAAUAUAAAAAUGUCAUUCAAUUUGUAAGAAAUAUUUGCAUGGACAAUAGAUGUGUAGCAUGAAUACAGUAGCUUUAUCUAAAGUAUGCAGCUUCGAAAACGAUUCCUCUAGAGUUCUUUGGAUGGUUAAGACUUUUUGUUCUUUAUAGAGGGUCUGAGUACAAGUAAAACCCUUCAUAGUUUCCCCUUUAAGGGUUCCCCAAGAAGGACAGGCCAAAGAACUAAGAGCUCCAAGAAUUUCUAAGAGUGAAGGUACAAUGAUGCAAUUUCUGUGCAAAAAUGUAUUUUGUCCAAAAACUGUUCUCAAUGAAUUAUACUUGAGAAUAAUCAUCUUUGUUUGUUGUAAAACUGAUUAGCUUAUUACCCCUUGCAUAGUCUGAUUAAAAAAAAAGUGGCAGUUGGGGCUUUGUGGCAGUUAGGCAAUUAAUUAGAAGGUUUUGAGUUCAAAUCCCUGGUUCCACCAAGCAUCCAAUGUUGGGUCCUUGAGCAAUGCCCUUAACCCUCAAAUUCUCAAUUGUGAGUGAUUUUGCAUUUAAAAGCAUCAAGCAAAUGUUAAAAUACUAUAAAGGUCCUAUGUUGGUUCCUACAACUGAGAUUUCCCCUUUUAAAGAGAAGUGGAAAACUUUUUGAAAGCUGAAUGCAUAACUACUCAGUGAAAUCUUGAAUGAUCCCCCCCACACCCAACAGUACAGGGUUAAUAAACAUGGCUGAGUUUCCCAAAAGCAUUGCAUCAUGAACGUCAUCAUUAAAUGGUAGAGCGAGCAUCACAUUGUACACUAUCUCUAGCUUCCAUUUAAAAACGAUUUUUACUUUGUGAUACUUUUUUGGAAACUCUGGCCAGGUAGUUUUAUUUUAAAAGCACAAAGUAUUUAUCUAAGCAACCUUGUGCUCAAUAGAACAAAGUGACUGUAUUUUAAAGUGCGAUAACAUAUUGAGAGUGCUUCAUAUCACAAUAUAGUAUAUAAUGGAUUAUCUGUAUAUGCCUAGUGCUACCAGUGUUAUAAUGUCUUUGAUGCAGCUGUAUGCAGCUCAAUUCUGAUUGGUCACAGACAACAGCAGCUCUGACAGUAGUGCUGGCUGUAAAUAAAACCAUUAAUGCUUGGUCUGAAAACGUAGACAUGUUACUGUAUGGCGGACGCUCCACAUGACCCAAUUAAAAAAAAUGUUACCAGGUUUUCUGUAAGGAUAUGUUUAGUAUUUAAAGUAUGGAAGGAGUCUCUAGUGUCAGUGGUAAAGCUGUAGCUUUAAGUGUUCAUAGAUGGUGUUGUUUCUUUGUAACAUGAGAAGCUGAUUAACUUCAACAGGGAGAAAAAAAGGGAAUGGUUGUUUAUAGCUGCUAUUCAAUUUUAUUUGUAUAGCGCUUUUAACAACGGACAUUGUCUCAAAGCAGCUUUACAGAAACAUAUUAGCACAGGAUACAGAUUAAACAUAAGUGACAACAGAUUAAACACAAGUGAUAAACAUAAGCUAUAACAUAAGUCAUAACAGGAGCUAACUUGAUUAAAUAUAACUAUAAACUGUUUUUUUU